UAAACUCAUGUGUAGAUCUAUCUAUUCGACCGAUUUUCGAUGUCCAUGCUUCUUGAUGGAAGGGGUCUGACGCCGCGAGUGUUAUGUAACUGGUAACACAGGGGAUGCGCUGGAGCAACAGCACACGACCAACGAACAGCUACACCACACACUUACCACCUCUUGUAUUUCUCUAACAUGGAUUAUGUUUUGUUGGAGAGGACUCCCGUAGAUAGAACAGGAUGGAAAAACUGUUUUUCCAGCCCUAGCCUGUUCUAGACUAGUGCUAAAGGGUGCCCCCUAAUCUUUACUUUUGUAUCAAGGCUUGUUGUCUUAAUUGUUGUAAUUGCUUGAUUUUUCUACUUGUCUUAUUAUAAACCAUCGCUGUGUGUAGGAAAACCUCAACUCUAACCUAAAAUCAAAAUUAAUGUUUCUAUCAGAGUUUCAUAGAGUGUAAAAUUCGGAGUACAAACUCUUAAAACAACCAGGGACGUCAUCAAGUCCAUUGCCUCACAAUGUACGCGGAGAGGCAUGGAAGGCGUCGCAAAGCAUGCGAUAGAUGCCACCAAUCAAAAACGAGAUGCUCUGGUGAAACGCCAUGUACUCUAUGCUGGAAAGCAAGAAGGGAAUGCACGUACAGUGAGCCCUCUCUAAUGGGACGACCCAGAGGGAGCCAGAAUCAACGAACUUUGGAAAGGUCUCGACGGCUCGAAUCUGGCAGCGGCAAUGACGUCCUGUUAGACCUACCUUCACAACUGCAAUUUUCGGAAUCGAUACCAUUUGAAAGGGAUCAUGAGCCACGAGAUGAUUCGCACCAAGACGCCGAAGAUGCAACAUUACCACCACGCUACGAUGAUCCUACAACAAAUAACUCCGCAGCUGAGAAGCAUAUUCUCACGUCUCCUAUUCAAGCGACAUAUCAUCCCCUCGGUAAUACGUCUAAAAAUUCAUCUCCGGAUCUCGAAAUCGUGUCUCACAGUACCACCAACAACACAUGCGACUGCCUAGACAGACAAGCCAAACUACUCUUUCACAUGGACGAAGUCGAACAAUCACAAAAGAGAUCGCCCCCCGAUAUCUCCUUGAUAGCGACCCGCCAUGCAAUGGAACAAUGGGACAACUUAUACCACUGUACUGCAUGUCUUCACAACGGCACGGAAGGCGUAUUCCUCAUGUUCCUCAUGAGCAUGCGAUUUCUACUCCGUGCUUUGCGGCACGCUUUUUCCCAUUCCGACGGAAUCCAAACAGGAGAAUCCUCCUUACCUGAAGACCCUGACACGGUAUGCGAAAGUCGCCAUCUAUCGAUUGGAGGAUAUAGAGCUUCGGGCGAGGAAUAUAAGCUCGCCUCGAGAACGCUGAUCAUCAUGGCUGUUCAAAGAAUCGAGGAUGCGCUGUGGCACGCGAAGGCGCGGUUGAAGCAUCGUCAAGCGCGGCUGGAGAUGAUGGGCGAUAAAGGGAGACUGGAAGGUGUUGAGGCUUUUUAUAAGAUGGUACAGGAGAGGCAGGAGGUCUGGGGUUUGAUGGGGGGGCUUGAUGAUCGUAUGGAAUUGCUUUUGCGGGGGCUGGAUUGCGUGAUUGAAGCGCCUCAAAUAUUCAACUCUGCGUAUAACCGCAACUACCGAAACACUACAAUAUUGAUAGAAAUAAGAGUCUUUUGGCAUUUCCUCUUAGUAAAACCAUCUAUCCACAAUACCUACAGUAUGGGGUUGAGAGAAGACUCAGAAGAGUACCCCAAGGCUCGCAGGGAGUUACGAUACGUGGAGGUCUGUCACUUCCCUUACGGGGCACAUAAAUCUACCGCAACCCCGCUAUUCGUGUUACCAUGUGUUAGGUCUUGUAACAACAUAUCAUGUUUAUCUAGAGAUAGCCCUCCUUUCUAUUCAUUAUCGUCUCCUUGUAUUCUUCACUCUCUCAACUUGAAACAGCCAGCCGAAGACAGAAUGACGAGUACGGACUCUGAAUCUUACAGGCCUUGUUUUCCUUUGCCUGAAGCUAUGCGACACUGUCGACCACCGUUGUCGCUGGAACCACCACCGAACUUCUGUUCUUUGGAAUCAAAUGACGGCAAGGUUUAUGAGAGCGACUCGAUUAAGCCAGGAAUGGAUUUCCUCUCAGAGAGCGCUGAUUGCAUCUUCCCGGAUACGCCUUCACUCGAGGUAUCCGAGUCCAUCCUUAUUGACCCAAGAUCUCCAAAUUCCACUGAAAGACCAAAAACCUGUGUCUGCCACCAUGUUCAGAGGUAUCGAAAUCUUGAGAAAGGGGGGCUCUCUCAUCGAGCUGCAUCUAAUACUCUAUUCUCUCUGGCAACUGGAAAAUCAAUUACGGCACCAAGCUCGUACGUCAGCGGCUUGCCUGAUAUCUGUUUUCUUGCAAAGCAAUACAUGGCCAGCUUGCCAACACCAACUGCUCACCGUUGCGCAAAAGACCCCGACAUCAUGCGCGACAUUGCCAAUUCUUGUUUCUCAACAAACAGAGAGCUAUCAGUCGCGUUGUCAUCUAUCCAACACCGCAUAGUUGGAAUCACCUACGCAUCGGGGCCUGGGGAUCCGAGCUAUGCAUCAUUUUGCAACCUCAUUCCACUGUCCGGUCCAGAACUCGCCUCGACCAACCGCCAGAAACUAAACUCAUCAGUAGCGACACGUGUCCGAGAAGAAGCAGAAUUCUCUACUCGUGCCACGAGCUCCUUUUCUUCCCAGAAUGUGGGCCUGGCUGCGCUGACCUGCGCCGAUGCUGUUGGUGACUUGGAUGUAGACGAAACAGACCGAAGCCAGCACAUUGCUGCACCGGAAAAGCUACUCUCCACUGGUCUGAUAUGGCGUGGAAUCAAUGCCGGGGUGUUCCCCAAUGCGAGGUUUUGGCCUACGUGUUCUGGAUUCGACUUCAGCGAUGCCGUUGGUUUCGGUAUGCUUGGAUCCGUAAUCAAUGACAUCCUGGGUCUGGCCCAUGACAUUUCCAUGCGAGAUUGGAUGAAUACGCUUGUUAUAUGUGCGGCUCUUGGGAAGCCGACUUCGCCGUCCGCUGAAAUGCUGUCCGCGUACGCAGCAUUCAAUCGUGUCGAUGAGUUGCCGGAACCCACGAGGUUGUUCUACGUGCGACACUGGCUUGCAUUUAUGGUUCUUCAUAUCCUAGCUUCUCGAUAUUGUGCGGCAUAUUUCUUGGGGAAUGUCCGCCGUACUGCGAGGAAUUAUGUGCACAGGGAAGAUGCUUUUACGGAACUGGAUACGCGUAAUGUCGCCAUCAAAGACUGCCAUGAGCACUUGCUCGAUAUUGCGUCUCUUGAGCAUAUACAAGAAUGUCGGAAAAAGAUAGUCGACGCGAAAACAUGGCCGUCACUCCUUUCGGAAUGUUUUGACACUUGUGGGCGCGGUGAAAUCUCCCUAUCAGCGGCAACUGUCAUCACUUUUGACCUCGAGAAUGGUUUGCUGUAUGGCUUGGCUUUGAAUGCAGAUGGUGUGCUGCCCGGUUCUUACAGUGGUACGUCUAUAAUGGAACGUGUUGCUCUUGGGCAUAGAGAGGGAAAAUGUUGUGAGUUGCUUUGA